AAGGCCUCUUUCUGUCUUCCCCACUGCCAACAUCUCUUCUGUCCUCCCUCCCACUGGUCGCUGAUCCGUCCAGAUGAAGAUGUCGGCCCAGGCCAGCUGUCUCAGCCUCAUCAAGUACCUCCUCUUCGUUUUCAACCUCUUCUUCUUUGUCCUGGGCAGUCUGAUUUUCUGCUUCGGCAUCUGGAUACUUGUCGACAAGACCAGCUUUGUGUCCUUUGUGGGCUUGUCCUUCAUGCCCCUGCAGAUCUGGUCCAAGGUCCUGGCCAUCGCGGGCUUCCUCACCAUGGGCCUGGCGCUCCUGGGCUGUGUCGGGGCCCUCAAGGAGCUGCACUGUCUCCUGGGCCUGUAUUUUGGGAUACUGCUGCUCCUGUUCGCCACAGAGAUCACCCUGGGAAUUCUCAUCUCCACUCAGCGGGUCCUGCUGGAGCGCAAGGUGAAGGACAUCGUGAUGGAGACGAUCCAGAACUACCACGCCAACCCAGAGGACACCGAGGCGGAAGAGAGUUGGGACUAUGUGCAGUUCCAGCUGCGCUGCUGCGGCUGGAACUCUCCUCAGGACUGGCACCAGAUGUCAACCCCCAGCAGCAACGAGUCGGAAGUGCACCGCGUGCCCUGCUCCUGCUAUAACUCAUCGGGGACCAACGACUCCACGCUCUUCGACAAGAUCUCCUUUCCCCAGCUCAACCGGUUGCGACCACUGGCGGGGCCCCAACACAGCUCCGACCUUUGCCUGCUGGGGGCUAACAGCCACGUCUACUCCGAGGGCUGUGCGCGCAGUCUGCACAAGUGGUUGCACGACAACCUCAUCUCCAUUGUGGGCAUCUGUCUGGGAGUCGGUCUUCUCGAGCUCAGCUUCAUGACGCUGUCGAUAUUCCUGUGCAGAAACCUGGACCAGGUCCACGACCACCUCGUGCGGUACCGCUAGGCCUCCCCUCCCCCACGCCA